UUUUUGAUAAAAAAAAAAAUAAAAAAUUUGGUUGGUGAAUUUGGUGAUUGUAAGGGGGGGGUUUGCUAUUUAGAGACCGCCGGUCGAUAUUGGAGGUAGAUAAAUGGCGGCUGGAAGACAUGGUAGUUACCGUGACAAUGAAUUUAGGGGCAGUGAGUCAGAUUUGAAUAUGAAUGUGUCACGGAGGGAAUUUGGUUAUUCGAAAGGAGGUUAUGAUCGAAUUAGGAAUGGUGAUCGUGACCAUGAGAGGGGUCGUGUUCGGGACAAGGAUAGGAGAGAUAACAGUAGGCUUAGGCAGAAGGAUAUUAAAGAGAGGGAAGUGAUGAAUGGUGGGUACGGUUAUGCUUCAAGUAGGAGCGAUUCUGGGAGUAGUGGUAGUGGUGAUGGACGCAGGCAGUGCGGGUUUGCACUUAGAGUUACGGGGGCUGUGGAUCGAGAGCCUGGGGAGCUGUCUAGUGAUGGGUCUGAUGGGGCUGCUGAAUCAGAAUUGCAGUUUAAAGAUAACGAGGUGAUGAAGUUUGAGAUUGGUACUCAGAUUGAGUCUCCCGUACAGAGUAAGAAGAGGAAGUUUUCACCAAUUGUUUGGGACAGAGAUGACAAGGAAGUGAGCAAAACAUCCAAGAUUAAAAAUUCUCCUGGAACAACUACUCUUCCUCCUCCACUACCCUUGCUUAAUUCAUAUCGCCAGUCACCUAACCGUAUUCUUGAUGGGGGUGUGCAGAUUUCUCCCAUUAAAGACAUUGUCCUUCAGGGCACAGAACCAUCACCAGUCAAUCCUCCUGUGGCACAUGAAGCUCAAGUUGCUGCUGCAUCUGUAUCCCCAGAUGGGUUAUCUUCUUCCCCGCUUCAGGAAGAGCACUGGGGUAACAAUCAGGUAGCAGAACAACUAGAUGGUGAUGGUAACAUGCCAACGCGAUCUAUAAGAGCCUCUCGAUGGGCAAAUGAUGUCAAUUCCCCAGCAGAUGAAGUUGAAAUUUCCAAAGAUGAAGAUGUGCCUAAAAUAAAAAAGAAGUUCCUUUCCAAGUCGGUUGAGUUGAGGGUACGCAAGAAAUCAUUGAGUCCUGAGAUUGGGGAGCUCAGGAGAGAAGGUUCUGAAGAGACUAGGGCGAGGUCAUCUGAAUCUGAUGGAUGCGCUAGGUCUUCCAGUAGAGAUGCCAAUAUUUUGGACAUGAAUGACUUUAUGGAGAUAGAUGAGGAUCGAUAUGAUGAUGAUUCUAGUGUUAGUCAGUCGGAUACUGGUUCUGAGGAUGAACCUGAUUCUCAUGGUACAACUGAGCCCUCACUAGCCCCACAAAGGAGCGUGAACAUGCUUCAGGGUUGUAGAAGUGUUGAUGAGUUUGAGAGACUAAACAAGAUAGAUGAAGGAACUUAUGGGGUUGUUUACAGAGCGAGAGAUAAGAAAACCGGUGAAAUUGUUGCACUCAAGAAGGUCAAGAUGGAGAAAGAAAGAGAAGGGUUUCCUUUGACUUCUCUAAGGGAAAUAAACGUUCUGCUUUCAUUUCAUCACUUUUCAGUUGUCGAUGUUAAAGAAGUUGUUGUAGGAAGCAAUCUUGACAGUAUUUUUAUGGUCAUGGAAUACAUGGAACAUGAUCUCAAGGGACUGAUGGAGACAAUGAAACAGCCAUUUAGUCAGAGUGAAGUGAAAUGCCUUAUGCUUCAGUUGCUGGAGGGUGUCAAGUAUCUGCAUGACAACUGGGUGCUUCACCGAGAUCUGAAAACAUCUAAUCUGCUUUUGAAUAAUCGCGGUGAGUUGAAGAUCUGUGAUUUUGGGUUGGCUCGUCAAUAUGGUAGUCCAUUGAAGCCAUAUACUCAUUUGGUGGUCACUCUGUGGUAUAGGGCACCCGAGCUUCUUUUGGGAGCAAAACAGUAUUCUACAGCAAUUGACAUGUGGUCAUUGGGUUGUAUUAUGGCUGAACUGUUAUCAAAGGAACCAUUAUUCAAUGGGAAAACUGAGUUUGAUCAACUUGAUAAGAUUUUCAGAACACUUGGAACUCCAAAUGAGACAAUUUGGCCUGGGUUUUCUAAACUUCCUGGAGUGAAGGUGAAAUUUGUCAAGCAACAGUACAAUCUAUUGCGAAGGAAAUUUCCCGCUACCUCAUUCACGGGAUCACCUGUUCUUUCAGAUGCUGGAUUUGAUUUGUUGAACAAAUUACUAACUUAUGACCCUGAAAAGCGGAUAACUGCUGAAGCUGCUCUUAAUCAUGAGUGGUUCAAAGAAGUACCUCUUCCCAAGUCUAAAGACUUCAUGCCUACUUUCCCUGCUCAACAUGCUCAAGACAGGCGUAUGCGAAGAAUAAUGAAGAGUCCAGAUCCUUUAGAAGAGCAGCGACUGAAGGAGUUGCAGCAAGGGGAACUAGGGACAGGUGGUUUAUUUGGCUGUGUGGAAAAAUAGGUGCCUAUUUUUGCUUUAGUUUUCUGCAGUUGUCAGAGGUUGACAUGGUUCAGGUGAGGACCAUGCCUUGAAAGGAAGUUGCAAAUAUUGUUAGUGAGGCGGUCAUUCGUGCUUGUUUUUUAGCAGGCUUCCUGGAUGACUGGGUGGAGAAACAUAUUCUAUUGCCUCUACAUGCCAAGCAGAUAUGUAGCAGGUUGACUUUGUUCACGAGGUCAUUAUAUAGAAAUGCAUAUGUGGCACUGCUUGCAUCGCAAGGUGUGGCAUAUUGGCUUUUCUUUUAAGGAACAGUUCCAGUUUAAACUUUUGUUUGUAACAUAUUUUCAUUAUCACAUUGUAAACAAUUCUCUUAAAAUUUGUUCUAAAUACCAUGUUAGUGUGGAUUUUCUUCCUAUUCUCAGUUCUUCCAUUUUUAAUCUUCAUAUUGUGUUUGCAAGAGACGGUUGGUGUAAAGUGGAUGGGGCAUUCUUAGCCUUUCAUAGACGAGGAAGUUGGCACAAACUAUUGCACUUCAAGUAACAACUACCAAAGCAAGCAGGUUGAGGAGGUUACCUGCAUUCCUGGAAUUUAUAGAAUUUCCAAUUAAUAUUCCCUUCUUCAGAUAUUGAUUUUGCCCCUUCAGGCCCAAUACAGGUGAAUCAGCUAAUUCAAGUGGAUUAUGAGAAUGGAAAACGGCAGGUGUGGCAAUAUAAGGUUAUUUGAUUUUUCAACCCCCCCUCCC